AUGACUAUCGCUAAAACUGCCCAAGCCUUUGUACUGAACCCCAGUGGCUUAUUUGCCUUCGAAGAACGCAGUAUACCCAUCCUCCAAUCAGAUCGAGAUGUUAUAGUUCAAGUUAUCGCAACCGGCCUCUGUGGUUCAGAUGUGCAUUACUGGCAACACGGCCGAAUAGGGCCACAUAUCGUCCAAGACCCUAUCAUUCUGGGCCACGAGUCAACCGGGGUCGUGGUAGAGUGCGGAAGUAGUGUCGAGGGUCUUACCAUAGGCGACCGUGUCGCCCUAGAGCCUGGGAUCGCUUGCAACACAUGUAGUCGUUGUCGUGGAGGCCGCUAUAAUCUCUGUCAGGAUAUGCGCUUCGCCGCCACACCCCCCUACGACGGAACACUGUCCACCUACUACCGUGUACCUGCAGAGUGCUGUUAUAAGUUACCACCACAUGUCUCCUUGCGAGACGGCACCCUGAUCGAGCCUCUCAGUGUAGCCGUGCAUAGUUGUCAGCUAGCAGGCGCGAUGCAGGAGAAAUCUGUGGUAAUAUUCGGAGCAGGGCCAGUCGGCUUGCUCUGCUGUGCCGUUGCCCGCGCCUUCGGCGCAUCAACAGUGGUUGCUGUGGAUGUUGUCCAGGCUCGACUCAGUUCCGCGCAGAAAUAUGGCGCCACACACACGUACCAAAUGAGCACCAAUUCCACGGACAAGAAUGCGGCAGACUUGUUGGCCACGGCUAGAUUGGAGACAGGAGCUGAUAUUAUUCUGGAUGCAACAGGUGCAGAGCCCUGCCUAAAUUGUGGUAUCCUCGCCCUCGCGCCAGGAGGCACGUUCAUUCAAGUUGGAUUGGGGAAACCGAAUCUCUCAAUUCCGGUGGGCCAAAUCUGUGACAAAGAAGUUGUAUUCAAGGGCAGCUUCCGAUAUGGGCCGGGAGACUUCCAACUGGCCAUAGGACUGCUGAACUCCCGUCGAAUCAUCCUGGAUGGCCUAAUUACUCAUGAAUUCUCUUUCUCCCAGGCGAAGGAGGCGUUUGAAAAUGUCGCUGGUCGAACCGGCAUCAAAAGCGUCAUUUUUGGGCCAAGCGUGGAUGAGAAUUUAGCCAGAGCAUCGCUGACUUAA